AUUGUCCUAUUAUUCCUUAUUUUGAUAUUAUAAAACAUGUCUAAAAACCUAGUCCCACUUACCAUUAUCAAGGGUGCAGGGCACGAGUUCAUUCCUCUCCCCGAGGGCGAGAAUGCAACAGUCGCCGAUUUUCACUCAAUUCGAACUAAGACCGCCGACUCUCCUGCUCACUUCACCUCCGGAUUUUACAAGAUCCUCACUGGACCUGCUCGGCCUGCACACUAUAAUUUCGAAGAGAGUAAAUUCGUUCUCAAGGGCCAGAUCGAUAUCCUAGAUGAAGCUACCGGCAUUACCCACCACUUGAUCCCUGGAGACUUUGCUUUCUUCCACGUGGGCUCCAAGGUCCAGUUCUCCACCAAAUCUGAAGGUCUUGCCUUCUAUGCCGUCACACGGCCGGUCAGGACUCCGCACCCUAAUUUGCAGGGUCGAGAGGAGGAUGUGAAGGCAAGACUGUAGAAACGUUUACAGAUAUACAAUGCUUCACUUUCAACACAGAGAAGUAGAAUAUAAUUAAAACCAAC